UUGUUAUUCUUCUUCGAUAAUAUAUGUACGCAUGAAACCCUGAUUGUGUGGUCUGAAUCGGAUACGUGCGACCUGGCGCUGAGCUUCCAGGAAAAGUCAGGCUGCGAAGAGAUUUGGGCUAAGAUUUGUGAGGUGCAAGGACGUGACCCCGGAGAUUCGGAUGGCGGAUAUGACGAAAUGGAUGAUGGAGAACUGACCGCUGGCCGCGUAGUCUUACCACCGAUAGAAAUUGGCCGACUUUCCGAGGUUGACAGCGUAAUCCAGAACCAUCUUGCCACACAAGCGUUACGCGAAAAAAUGGCGAAUGCAGUGGAGUCAGAAAGCGUGUUGCCCAAACUAGUCGACGUAUUCCACAUGUGUGAAGAUGUUGAACACAAGGAUGGCUUGCGUACACUGUACUCGAUUGCAAAAAACUUGUUUAUGCUGAAUAGAAAUAGCCUUAAUGAGACAUUGCUCAGCGACAAAUAUCUGAAAGAUCUCAUUGGUAUGCUUGAAUACGAUCCAGCUCAUGAAUUACCUCGCAAACACCGCGAGUUUCUCUAUGAGAAAGCAACAUUCCGUGAAGUACUGCCUAUAGCGAACGAUGAGCUGAAGGAAAAAAUUCAUCAGACCUACCGUGUGCAGUACCUUCAAGAUGUAUGCCUUCCUGCGCCGUCCCUUUUUGAGGAGAAUCUUCUUUCUGUUCUGAAUAGCUACCUGUUUUUUAAUAGGAUCGAUAUUGUGAACAUGUUGCAGAAAGAUAAGCGGUUGAUGAAAGAACUUUUCGAUCAAUUGCGUGAUCCGGAGACUUCGGUUUCAAGAAGGAGAGAUCUCGCUUUCUUCUUGAAGGAGUUCAUUUCACUUAGCCAAGGCCUCCCACCUAAUGGAGCCCAGAGCAAAGACAAUUUUUUCAAGGUGCGGAGUGCAUUGCAAUGCGCCAAUGAUGUUCUCGGCACAAUAGAACCAUCCAUAUACACACUUGUAAGGCCAAUGAUGGAUAACGUCAAGGGAGGAGUAAUCAAGCGAGAUGACUACUGUACCGCAAAUCGUCAGUCACUGGUGGUUCGACUGUUAUGCUUCUGCAUCGAACAUCAUUCGUUCUCCAUGCGGCAGCAUUGCAUUUCGAACGAUCUGCUCAACAAGGUGCUCGUUCUUCUGCAAAGCAAACACCAUUUCUUAGCUUUGGCAGCGUUGAAAAUGUUACGCACUGUGUUGGCGGUGAAGGACGAUUUCUAUAAUCGGUACAUCGUCAGGGAAAAGGUGCUGGAUCGUGUUGUUGAGUGUUUUGUACGAAACGGAGCACGAUACAAUCUUUUAAAUUCAGCAAUGCUGGAGCUUUUCGAUUAUAUACGAUCGGAGGACAUCAAGCCGUUGGUCAAGUACACAGUGGAAAACCACAUGUCGUCGUUUGAAGACGUAACCUACGUGAAGUUGUUCUCCGAGCUGAAAAUUCGCUAUGAACAACAGCGUGAUCGCGAAAAUGCUGCCAAGAUAACCGCUGACGAGAGAGUGCCAAGUCCAGCCGCCUUUGCUAAAGAGCGACAGGAAGAACAAUGGUUUGAUGGCGAGGAUGAUGAGACAGUUGAAUGCAAGAAAGAGCCGGUCGAAGUGAAAAAGGAGAUCAAGAAGGAAAUCGAUUCACCUCGAAAGACUGGUAUCGAGCCAAUGUUCCCGUCAGUGCUGAAGCGGAAGAAUGCGUUUGAUGAGGACGACGGGGCAGUAUUCAGUGGUCAGGUUGCACCGCUAACGCCGGUGAAUAUUAUGACUGAGAAGAAGAUAGUUAUAAAAGUAUGUAGUGGACGAAUAUGUUCAUCUGAUCCCUUUUCGAAAAAUUUCAAGGAGAAUAGCCCAAUGAGCAUAAAGUCGCUGGUUGACUAUGACGAGUCGGACUCGGACGAAGAUGAGAGUACAGCGCCAAACGACUCAAUACCUUCAUCGUCUACAGGCAGCCCGGUGCAGAUGAAUUCGAGUGCUGAGAAAAGCACCGAGAGCACUACCGUGGCACCUACGUCGUCCUCUGGAGGCGACCUGUCAUCUUGUGAUGACGACGUAUCGUCUACUAGCGGAGAAGAGGAGUUGGCAGGAGGUGGAUGCGGAUUGACGCGACGGAAACGACCGUCAAGUGGCGACAUUGACGAAGAUGUGGCUAAGAGAAUCCUAGGGACGACUGGUAGCGUUUGCAUAGAAAGAUUGUUACAUCGAAAGCUGAUUUCUCGAUAUAUGUGA